UCUCUCUCUCUCCAUUUGACUCCCAGGAGGACCAUUUAACAGUGAAAACAAAAAGAGGUAAACUUCUAUGGUCUCCAUCAAAAUACUUAUUAUAUGCAACAAAACCCACAAUCCAUCAAGCCUAAAAAUCUUUCUGGGCUUCUCCUUUUGGUCUUGGUCUUGGAUUUGUUUGUGGGUUACACAUGGAAUUCUUCUUACUAUUUGAUUCAUUCUGAAAGCUGCAAUCUUGGUGUGUGUUUUUUUUUCUCAACCUUUCCUAAGAAAAUAUGGACAGGGUUUUCUUAGAAAUCAAAGAAAGGAGCUUCCUUGCACCCUCACAACACUAUUACCCUUAUGAGACACUCCAACCUCCAACAACACCCAAUACUCAAUCUGAUCCUUUCAAUUUGAACAACAAGGUCAGUCCAAGUAUACUCCUCAUCAUUAUAAUUCUUGCUAUCAUUUUCUUUCUUUCUGGUUUGCUUCACCUUCUUGUUAGAUUCCUUCUGAGACCAACAAAUAGAGACCCAGAUGAUUUGGAGAGUGUGACUGCUCUUCAAGGCCAACUACAGCAACUCUUUCAUCUUCAUGAUGCUGGGGUUGACCAGUCCUUCAUAGACACUCUCCCUGUGUUUCAUUACAAAGCCAUUAUAGGAUUGAAGAACCCAUUUGACUGUGCUGUCUGUCUGUGUGAGUUUGAGCCUGAAGACAAGCUCAGAUUGUUGCCAAAAUGUAGUCAUGCCUUUCACAUGGAGUGUAUAGACACAUGGCUCUUGUCCCACUCCACUUGCCCACUCUGUAGAGCUAGCUUGCUCCCUGAUUUCUCUCCAAACCACAAUUGCUCUCCCAUUGUACUUGUUCUUGAAUCUGGAAGUGAGAGCUCCAGAGAGAUUGUCUCAGAGGCUGGUCUUGGCAGAACCAGCUCACUUGGAGUAACCAAUCCCCAUAUGUCUUUUCGUUGUGACAAUGAUCAUUUGGGGUCUACCAGAAUCGACAAAUCCUGUGAAUUUGAAACAAAAGAGGAUGCCAAUGAUAGCCCAACAGUAAUGGUGGAUUCAGAGGAAAAAGUAGUGCCAGUUAAGCUUGGCAAGUUCAGGAAUGUGGAUGGUGGUGAAGGCAGUACUAGUAGCAACAACAAUGUGGAUGCAAGAAGGUGCUUCUCUAUGGGGUCAUUUGCGUAUGUAAUGGAUGACAAUUCUUCGUUGCAAGUGCCCAUUAGAAGCACCCCAAUGAAGAAGCAGUCAAGUAAGAAGCCUAAUUUGCCAUUAACACCUGGCCAUAGAGCAGCAAUGUCUGAAUGUGACUGUGAAUCCAGAAGAGAAUUCAGGUUCAAUGGGCUUGAAUCAAUCAAAAGUUUUGAAAAUCAUGGAAGUGCUAGCAUUAGCAAUAUUAAUGGCAAUAGCAAUGCUAUUGGGAGGAGCAAAAGAGAGAGCUUUUCUAUAUCAAAGAUUUGGCUAAGGGGAAAGCAAGAGAAGCCUAAUGCAGCUGCUGAUGCAUCAAGGCGAGCCGUUUCUUUACGGUUUCCAUUGCACCGCAAUGUUGUAGCUGGUGAAGAUUUGAAGGGCAAGAAUGUGAACAGUGGUUCAAGGAGGUCUCUAUCUGAAAUUGACAUUGAGAGGUGGAAGCAUGGAGGGAGUGAAUUGGAUUGUGAGGAGGAAAGGCAGAGCUGUAACAGUUUGGAUUCUCAACCAAAUGCACCAUCUUUUGCAAGGAGGACAUUGCUUUGGCUUAUGGGAGGAAAACAGAAUAAGGUUGUUCACUCAUCCACAGAUCCCAAUGUUUAGUUUCUUUAUAAUUCUUUUCUUUGAUUUUUUUUUUCUUUUUUUAGUUCUUAGAUAAAUUAUCACUUUGAUUCCUUAAAUGUGAAAGAUCUGUAAUAGAGAAUAGAAAGAAAACAAUUUGAAGUGUGAAAGAGAUCUGAUUGCAAGGUUUGUGCAUUUCACUGCAAAAUAGUAAAAUACUUGUUUCUAGUUAACGAAA